AUGACUUUUGCCAUAAUUGAACAUUUCAAGAAUGACAAAGUGCCGGAGAUGCCAUGGUCAAGCAAGCACGCAGACCUUGGGAUCUUCACCUGGAAUUUCAACAAAUUUUCGGACCCUAAAAUCAUUUCAAUAUCUCAACUCUGCAGCCUGUUUGCCCUCGCUGAUGUCCCCCUCCGUGGCCAAGGCUGUGCAUGGGUCACAAUAUCAUUGGACCAUUUGACACAGGAACCCAAUACAUUAAACCUUGAUUUGGACGAGGAGUGA